AUGGAAAACAUUCAUCUUGUGGAGGAGAAAGAAGAUGACCUGUAUUCAGGUUACAAUGACUACAAUCCCGCAUUCGACUUAAAGGAGCUGGACAAUGAUGUUGGCUUUCAGCAAGCUGUGAGGACGAGUCAUGGCAGACGACCACCUAUGACUCCAAAAUGUCCUGGCACUGCUGUCGGAGGCAGACCCAUAGGAACGUCUUAUGGUCUACAAACAGCUACGAGUUCCUCAAUGGGAAGGCCUAUGACUGGGGUAGUGCAGGAUGGGUCUCCUCGUCCCAUGUCUGCGGUGCGAGCGGCAAGAUUCAAGUCCUCUUUGACUAGAGGCUCCACUUUUGAUCCACUUGGGCGAUCAAGACGUCCGGCUCCACCAUUAGAAGCAAGAACGCCAGAAGAGAAGAUUAAGAUAUUGAAAAAGAAAGUGAAUGAUUUGAUUGAGGAGAGCUGUAUGGCCCAUGCAAAUGGUGAUCUUCAGCUGGCUCUAGUAAAGGCCAAAGAAGCUGGCAGAAAAGAAAGGGUGUUGUGGAGACAAAGAGAACAAACUGGCACUGCAGAUCAUAAGAAUUUAGAUUUAACCUAUACAGUGCUGUUUAAUUUAGCAAACCAGUAUGCUAACAAUGACAUGCACACAGAAGCCUUGAACACUUACCAGGUCAUGGUGAAGAACAAGAUGUGUAAGAAUACAGGACGGCUGAAAGUGAACAUGGCUAAUAUCUACUUUAAACAGAAGAACUACCCCAUGGCACUUAAAUUUUAUCAUAUGGCUUUAGACCAAAUCUCUGAGGUUCACACGGAGAUGAGAAUUAAAAUCAUGCAGAACAUUGGUGUUACCUUCAUAAGCAUGGGCCAGUACUCAGAUGCUAUAACCUACUUUGAGCACAUUAUGAGGGAGAGUCCCAACAUCAAGACGGGCUACAACCUAGUUCUAUGCUACUAUGCCAUUGGAGACCGUGAAAUGAUGAAAAAAUCUUUCCAGAAGCUAAUCUGUGUCCCCCUGGGCAUUGAUGAGGAAGAAAAGUUCAUCACUUUAAAUGAUGACCCCCAUGCAAGCUUACUGAUUGAAGCCAUCAAAAACGAUCAGCUGAGUCAAAUGGAGCGAGAGAGAAAAGCUCUGGCUGAGAAGUACAUCAUGACUUCAGCAAAGCUUAUUGCUCCAGCUAUUGAGUCCACUUUUGCGGCUGGUUUUGACUGGUGUGUAGAUAUGCUGAAAGGUUCUCAGUAUGUGGAGCUGGCCAAUGAUCUAGAGAUUAACAAAGCUAUCACCUACCUGAGACAGAGGAACUUUAAGCAGGCAGUGGACACACUGAAAGCCUUUGUGAAGAAAGACAGCCGGGUGAAGAGUGCUGCUGCUACCAACCUCUCCUUUAUCUACUUCCUGGAGAAAGAUUAUGACCAAGCUGAACGCUAUGCUGAAUUGGCCAUGAGUGCUGACCGCUACAAUCCUGCUGCUCUCAUUAAUAAAGGCAACACGAUGUUUGUGAAGCAAGACUAUGGGAAAGCGGCUGAGUUUUAUAAAGAAGCCCUUAGGAACGACUCAUCCUGCACAGAUGCUCUUUAUAAUUUAGGGCUGACCUAUAAGGAACUGGGGCGGCUGGAAGAAGCUCUCGACUGCUUCUUGAAGCUCCAUGCCAUCCUUAGGAACAGCACUCAAGUUAUGUAUCAGCUGGCCAAUCUAUAUGAAAUGUUGGAGGAUCCUCACCAGGCUAUUGAGUGGCUUUUGCAGCUGAUCAGUAUCACCCCCAAUGACCCUCAUGUAUUGGCCAAACUGGGAGAGUUAUAUGACAACGAAGGCGACAAGUCACAAGCCUUCCAUUACUAUUAUGAGUCUUUCAGAUACCUCCCUUCAAACAUUCAUGUCAUUGAAUGGUUGGGAGCAUAUUAUAUAGACACACAGUUUUAUGAAAAGGCAAUGCAGUAUUUUAAAAGAGCAUCAGUCAUCCAGCCAAAUCAGGUUGUAUGGCAUUUGAUGGUGGCUAGCUGUUACAGGAGAAGUGGAAAUUAUCCGAGAGCUCUCGAGACCUAUAAGGACGUUCACCACAAAUUCCCUGAAAAUGCAGAAUGUCUACGAUUCCUUGUGAGGUUGUGCGCAGAUAUGGGGUUAAAGGAAGUACAGGAUUAUGCCACCAAACUCAAAAAAGUGGAGAAGAUGAAGGCGAUCAGAGAACAGAGGGUGAAGUCAGGGAGAAAGAGCAGUGCUCAAAGCAGGAGAAAAGGCAGUACCAGCAGUGACAGUGGACAGAGCAGCCAUGGUGCAAGUGCUAAAGGGGAAAGGCUAGGUGUCAAGAUGAGGUCACUUCCAGGAGCCCAUGAACCUUAUGAAGCAAGCAUCCCGGCGGACACUGAUGCUUCCUAUGUUGACCCUUUGGGGCCGCAAACGCAAAGACCGAAGACUGCAGCAAAGAAACACACAGAGGAAGAUGAGUUCGCAGACGAAGAGUUGGGGGAUGACCUACUGCCAGAAUGAUGGGCUAUUUUUGUACUCUGCUCUCAUCAUAUGCAUUUAGUUAAGUGUUUCUGUCAUACACUAUAUUGCCAAAAGUUUUGGGAUGGCUUUCCACAAGGUUUAUGGCAGGGGUGUCCAAUCUUAUCCGCAAAGGGCCG